AUGUAUGUAAAUUUAAUACAUUACAAAAGGAAAAUAUUCCAUUAAGGAGAUUUAAUUCAAUACAAAGGAAAAUAUAAUUUCAGAAAAAAUUGAAACUAAAAUACAUAACGUUUCUUAAUAAUGGAAAUUAUAGUUAUGAGAAUACAUUUGAAACUUCAGAUGUUUAACAUAUAACAAUAAUCUUUUUCCCCUUAUAUCUGUUUAUUCUUUAUGAGUAACAGAUUGAAUAAAAGAAAUUUAGUCCAUUAAGAGAUUUGUGUUCGUAGAGCAAUAUAGGAAAAUUUGCAAUUAAUUUAUUCUGUUUCCUAAUUAAAUUGAAAUAGAUAGAGAUUUUUCAAUAUUUUCAAAAUUUAUUGCCAAGAUUAAUGAUAACUUUAUUCUUUAUGUAUAUCAAUUAUUUAUCAUAUGCACUAAUACUAUUAGUAUUGAUCCCCAUGAUAACAGCAGUAAGAUAAGCAAUAAUAUAGUUAUAUAAAAAAAAAAUGAAGCUAUUAAGGUUGAUCAGCAAGAAAUCGAACUUUGAAUUGUGA